AUAUAUACGACGAGGUCUCGUUCUGCAAUCAGUUGGUUACCGAGUCACGUCGGAGUCGGACACAGAAAUCAAGAUGCUGCGUUUACUACUCGUCAGUACGUUGGUGUGUGCAGCUUAUGGAACGUUGCUACCUGGCCCCUCCGCUGUGGCAACUUUAGUGCCAGGCAUCAAUCCAAAUAUCGGUGGCACCAUUCAGUUCUCCAGGAGUCCCUUUGGCGUUCUCAUUUCAGGUACCGUGACGGGGCUCACACCUGGCUUCCACGGCUUCCACGUCCAUGAAGUUGGGAAUACUGGCGGCGCAUGCGCAGCAGCUGGGCCGCAUUUCAACCCACUGAUGCGCAAGCACGGGAGCCCUAAGGACUUCAACCGCCACGCAGGGGACUUGGGCAACAUCGAGGCCGACCAGUACGGCCAAGCCACCAUCCACUUCGUCGACGAGCACAUCUCCCUCGACCCCAGCUCCCAGACCUACAUCGGGAACAGGGCGGUGGUCGUCCACGCCAAGGAGGACGACCUAGGCAGGGGCGGCAACGCCGACAGCCUCUCCACGGGGAACGCCGGAGGGCGUGAGGGAUGUGGCGUCAUUGAAGUGUUGCCAGAUUCGUACCGGGAGAGGAAUCCUUACCCACAGCCUCAGCCUCCCAUUCCGACGUUCGGGAGCCGUCACGGGCCUCUUUCUUAUUAUUUUCAGUAGGACUGGUUUCUUGUAAUUGUUAAUAACACUCUCUCUCUCUCUCUCUCUCUCUCUCUCUCUCUUUGUUGCCCUGUCUUCAUUCUCAUCAAAACUAAAUUUUUUUCAGAUCUCUCUCUCUCUCUCUCUCUCUCUCUCUCUCUCUCUCUCUCUUUUGUAGCCCUGUCUUCAUUUUCUUCAAAACUAAUUUUUUUUUUCAUUUUCUUCAAAACGAAAUUUUUGUCAUAUUUCUCUCUCUCUCUCUCUCUCUCUCUCUCUCUCUCUCUCUCUCUCUCUCUCUCUCUCAAUUAUAUGCAUUAUUUA